AAAUUUCGACAUUAAUUUUAAUUUAACGAAUUGAUGCCCAACAUGAUUAUCUUACAUUAAUUUCGUUAUUUUUUUUUUAAUUAUAUCGUGAACUCUGCGAUCACACGUUUCGAUCAUAAUGAUAUUUAGCACAAGAAGACAAUUUGUGUAAUUUGUAAAUUAUAAUUCUGACGAUUCUGAUCGUCUGCUGGGUGCUGCCGAGCGUUUAAUAAUACGCCACUGCAAGACUGAAACAAAAGUCGAUCAACAAACGCACGGCAGUGCCAUAUUGCUGCUGCAGUGGACAGCAGUUAAAAAUUCUUUACGUUCUUCGCAGACGGUAGCGUUCCAUUUUUUUUUCACUUCAAGAGUCAUGCCACGUUGCUUGAUAAAGUCGAUGGCAAGAUACCAAAAGACGGGCAAUUCGAGUGAAGAGACUGAAUUCUCGUGGUUGCCGCCAUCCACGGAUCUUAAGCAAAAGAAUCACGCAAAAGACGUAACGUCGAAGACGACUAAUAUCUGGACAUGCUCGGGCCUUCCUAUUGUGACUCGAUACAGCUUUCACAAGAUCAAUAACGCGAUGUUCGACACGGGAUUAAGUACGGCAGGUCGAAAUCUUGUGAAUAACCAUCAGAAUAUGUGCGCUUCGUCGAUCGACGGAAACGCGAUCGACGCGAAGAAGGUGUCUACGAUAUUGCUCGACAACCGAUCCUUUCGCAGUGCGAAGGAAUCGGUAAAAGCGUCGGAUCCGGAAAAAAUUGCCGGCGCUGUGGAUCAGAAGAUCGCAAUGAACAACUGUGAAACGCAGGCGCUCUCGCAGGCGUUGUACUUGGUCCCGAAUACAAAGCACGAGCCGAUAAAUGCUACCGAGAGUAAAACAAGCGUCAGGGAGAACGCUCAGCCCUGGAAGAAGAAUAAAACGAUGCAUUAUUGUCCGUAUUGCCGCAAGAGCUUCGAUCGACCGUGGGUUCUGAAAGGUCAUUUGCGUCUUCACACGGGCGAGAGGCCCUUUGAAUGCCCAGUUUGUCAUAAAUCUUUCGCUGAUCGAUAUUUUUCUCUCAGUGUACAUGGAAAGGACCAUUUCAAUAGUGCAAUUAAAUUUUCUCAUUGCCUGAAAAGGAUAGGAAACAGAUGGAAAAUUUUUGUAGGAUCAAAAGAUUCAUAUUGGAGGUCAAACUUGCGCGCUCAUCAGAGGACACGCAAUCAUCAUCAGUGGCAGUGGCGUUGCGGCGUGUGCUUUAAAGCUUUCUCGCAAAGGCGCUAUUUGGAGCGUCAUUGUCCGGAAGCAUGUCGCAAGUAUCGCAUGUCUCAGAAGAAGGAUUUGCCCUGUCCAUAAAAACACAUGUUAAAAACAUCUAUACCGAAGGAUACCGAUAUAAAAUUGCUUUUAAUCAGUAUAUAUUACACAUGAUGUGUGUAAGAUAUCUCAAUAUUAUACGUCCAGAUGUAGACGAGAGAAUUUUAUGCUAACCUAUUUUUCAGUAAAACGUUUUCAGGCACA